CAAUACCGGCAUCGACCCACAAGAUAGCGAAAAGGGUGACGAAUGAGUACCGGCGCUGUGCCCGGAUUUCCACUACCGGUGCUCGAGCAUACGAGUAUUGUACACUCGGGGCGGGAAUAAAAUCCGUAAACAUUGAUGUAGUGAAUGCUCAAUAACUGGAUAUUCGGGCUUAGCCAGGUAGCAGCUUCGGAAAUCAAAAUUUACCGAUUUUCAUCUUUAAAGCGUUCGCGGAAUUUCUUCUCUUUUAACAUAUAUACCCCUGCAUGUGCAUACGGCCUAUGGACUUCAUUUCUACCCCCCCUCCAAGUUCUGUUCACGGACUAACCUUGACACCCGAGUAUCAGCGGUGCAGCACCAUACGUACAGUACGAGUGUGGCCUUCAGCUAGGGCACAGAUUGAGGUCGUUCGGGAACGCGACAGCCCGAAACCCACCAAAAUCGAGGGGUUUUUGUAUGGGAAAGAUACAUUGGAGCGGACCUUGGUUAGUUCACAUGCUCACGGCUUAGUAUGAGCUUGAGCUGAGAGCCUGAAAUGGAAUAUAUCAUACUUCGGACAUGCUAAAAGUUUUUUUUCAAAGCAGAUUCCAUUUGUACUCGCACCACAAAGGCCAAUGAAUGGGCUUGGCAAACCGCAAUCAGCAACAGUUUUUUUUUUACACCACGGGCGCAAGUACCAGGUCAGAUAUCUCCGUACAAGGCAGGGAUUAUCUUGCUGGCUACUAUCCUUGCCUUGUACGAAAGCAUCUUACCUGGUACUUUUACUUUGACGAAUUCACUUCUUUGCUCGUCAAACACCCCGUACCCCUACUGUAUCUGUGUUCGCCACUCGACGGGUUAAGGCUACGGCUACGGUGCAAGGAGGUGAGAAGGGUGGGUUUGCUGCCCCCAUUACACCAUGAGUAACUCACUGGGUUAGGUGUCACAAUCGCUAUAAUUUAUUAUAGAAGCCACAGGAUUUAGGAGACUGGUUGUGGCUUGCCUGUGAAGGGUGGUUUUAGUUAUAGUGUGAACGGGGGUGGCGAGCUCGCACCUCUCCCUUCCCGACGCCAUACCAUGGGUAGAGAAGGAGAGCCAUCGCUACUUAUACCCCCCAAGCUCAGACUACCCCCCGCUGAAUCAUGCGGUAACUUAAGGGGGUUGUCGAAAACUAGCGUCUCAACAAGUGGAUGGUUGAGUUUCGUAGCCCGAUGUUAGUGUACUUUUAACAUCUCUUUCAGGUUCUUGCUCGUUGUGUUGCGUUUAUAUCCUUCCACGGCUGACGGGGAAAAGUGUGCGGGACAGUUAAUAUAGACGGCAAUUUUUUCUGUAUUGAUCUAGAAGGGAGCUGUGAUAUAGGGUGAGAAUUUAGAAUCCCGGAGUUGGACCUUCUUAUCGUGGACUGUCGCCGCCAAUCAAUAGAGCAUUUGGGCAAGGGGUUCGGAGGGCAUUUUCAGAGGGACACUUUAUCGGAAUUGGGCGGUAACCUUCAGGUGGAUCAGCAAUUACAAAGGCUAGACGCUACCUGACUAUCUACCCAGCCAUUCGAACUCCG